GCGGCCGUGAAGGCGCCGUCUCUCCGCUGAACAUCCAGAGAGCAUCCGCAGCUGAUUCCCCUGAGAGACCGGAGCGGCGGCGGAGGGAGAGCACUGCAGCAGACAUGCCGGGCCUCAUCAUCACCCUCAUCGCUCUCCUGUCCGGCUCUGAAGCUUUCGGACGGGGCUCGACCCAACGGGCCAUCCCGCUCGGUCCUCCGCCGGCUCCUCUGCUUCCGGGUGAGGUCCAAGCCCAGUCGCGUUUCAUCCAGGAAUUAGUCAGAACCAAGCGCCACUCGACCCGCGAGUUAGUACGCGCCCAGCCUCACCUGGUUCAUGACAUGGGCUGGCCGGAGAUCCACGAAACAUCCGGGUCACAAAGCAAACAGGAGCCGGUGAAUUCCUCCGCCAUGAGCCCGACUUCCGCCAUGAGCCCGCCGCCCGCCAUGAACCAGGAAGUAGCCAGGACCCUCGCUGCCGUGGAUGAAACCCUGGAUGUGGAAGAAGUGAUGGAGCGGAUGGUCCACCUGGCGGUGCCGCUGGGUCUGGACGGCGCCGGGGGACACCUGGAGCUCACGGAGCCAGAGGCGGAGCGCCGCGGCGGCCUCGGAGCUGGCGACGCCUCCCAGGAGGCGUCUGGCUUUGACGGGACAGACACGGAGGACAGAGAGCAGGGAGACGACGGAGGAGAGGAUCAGGACAGGAGAGGAGGAGGAAGGGAGGACGAGUGGGAGAAAUACGCAGCGGAGGACAGAGAGAGACGUGGGGAGGAGGAUGAAAUGGGAGGAGAGACGGUCGAACGCGGCGUCUCAGAAGCUGUGGAGGUCAAUCACACGACUCCAGAUCUCUACGCUCUGAUCGACUACAGGUCUUUCAUUCAUCCGUCCAAGGAGCCCAGCAGGUCCUUCCUAUCUGAAGAGCUCAAUUUCAGGCCGCAAGAGCACCGCGGUCCCUCAGUCUUGGAGCUGAGUCCUUCAGAGAAAGAUUUGUGGACAGCAGAGAAGGACGAAGACGUUUUGUCCAGUGGCUACGGCGUCCUUCGCUCCUCAGUCGCUGCAGCUCGGACAUCACCAACAGCUCCUGCUGAUCCAGCCCUUUCUGCAGACUCUGACGGUACAGCGACACCAGAGACCGACACCGGAACCGACUUUGGACUUCUGGGAAGUUAUACCAAAGAUGAGGAGGAGGAAGCAGGUCUGCCACACGCAGGAGUAAUUACCCAGAAUCCCACAGCUCCAGAGGUUGGGUUGGCACCCAGCAGACGACCUCUGCAGCCCAGUUUGGAGCAGGAGGUACACGGGGAAGAACAGGAGCAUGACCUUAAAGAAGACAGAAGUGAGGAGUUGGAGGAUGAGAGGAAGGAGAGAGAGGGAAGCAGAUUCAGAGGAAUCAUCCCGCUGACCACAGACCCGUCCCAUACGGCUGGAUUCACGGCGACCGGGUUUGAUCCCGGACUGGAAGAGCCGCGGCAGGUGGUUUGUGUGAACUGGAACGAGCUGACCGGACGGGGCUACGUCGUCCUCAACAUGACGAAGAACAUGAACUGUGAGGAGUUUCGUGUCUGCGGCGGCGUCCAGCUGCUGAAGAUCAUGGAGCGGGAGUUUGCACGCAGAAUGAACAGCCCUGAGGGAUCAUGGGUACUUUACCUCAGCAAGCCGACGCACCAGCAACACCAGCUGCUGAUGAACGUUGCAUCUGCACAUGGAGUCAUUGCUACUCAGGAGGUGCUGGACAUGUUGGGAGAGAUCAAGAAAGGCCUUGAUAAGAUGGGGAUCCAGAACUACAGCGCAGCAUCCAGCUGCCAGUCUCGGCCCAGUAAGACCCGCAGCGACUACGGAAAACUCUUCGUGGUUCUGGUCAUCAUCGGCUCCAUCUGCAUGGUCAUCAUCACGUCCGGCUUCAUCUACAUCUGCUGGCAGAGGCGGCUGCCGGGAAUGAAGAGCAUGUUUCCUGCAGAGGAGCUUCACUCUGUGGAGAACGGUUACCACGACAACCCCACCUUGGAUGUGACCAAUGACAGCCAGGCUGAGAUGCGGGAGAAGAAGCCGAGCACCAAUGGGCUCACGGGGGCGGGGAGAGGGGGCGGGGACGACAGCAGUCGCUGGCAGGCGUUCGUCAACCAGGCAGCAACUGAGGAUGAUGAAGAGGAGCAGGACACACAUCUCUGAUUGAGGAAGAGGAGAUUUAUUUUAUUAGAAGAGUCUAAAGAAAGAUCACUGUGAUGACAGAGGGGAGAAGAGUAGCCGCGACUAGGAUAAUGAGGGUUGUAAUUGGAGGAGUCACUGAGGUCAAAAUCAAACAUUGAAGCUUCAUCAAUCGCUGCGAAUUUAUCCAGAUGACAUCAGAGCCCUUCUGUUUGGUGUGCCUUAAGCUCUCAGCUCUCCAGACUGAAGCUGCACGAAACAAUUUCACAGUUCGCGACCAAUCACCUCUCCACCUGCAAGCUUUAGUAGCUUUAGCAGCUCAAAUGUUUGAUUACCUGCAACAGAAUGUACCUGUGUCUACGACGGCGUCUUAGGGCCAGAAAAAGAGGAAAUCUUCACCAAAAAACUCAGAAAUUUUCUAGAAUAGUCAAAAGAUUUGACAAAAGAUUUGAAAAAUUGAAAAUUUGUUUGGAAAAAACUCAGAAAUGUUUAAAUUAACCUCAGAAAUUUUCUGGAAAAAAACGUGAAAAUUUCUGAGUUUCAAAAGUAAAAAUAUUUCAACUUCUGAAACUCAAAUAUUUCUCAUUCUUUCUAGAAAUGUUCUGAUCUUAAUGUAAAAUUUUUAGAGAUUUUAGAGAAAAAAAAAAUUACUUCUGUCUAUUUUUGUUUAAAAAGGCUCUAAAGCGCUGUUAUGUGUAUUGUAUGGAUCAUUGUUGUUACAGUUUAAAACAGCAAACUGACUGAAAAGCUGUUGCUGUAGUGAUACAGAAAACAAACACACUCCUGUUCAAAUGCCAGAUUGUUUCAAAUAAUUUUAAAAACUUUCUUCGGCUUUAAUGUGACUCAAAUUCAGUUCUAAAACGUUUGCGCACUUUCAAUAAAACUUUCCAGUAUUUAGUAUGUUUCUGUCCAAAACUCCCACGAUUCCAUGCAGUCAGACUAACCAGAAAUAAGGUUCUGUGUGCUAAUGUCCGAUAUAUUGCUGUUUGACAUUGUGUGUGCAAUAACACCAGAGAUCCACAACGAUUUUGUCAGACUAAACUCAAAGUCUUAGAAAGGCCUAAUCAAAGGGCAGAAACUGCAACACCAAGAUGAGUCAUUUGAAUUGUGCGUCACAUUAAAGGCAUGAAAAGUUUCUAACUGAUCAAGUGAAUUAAAUCUCACUUUUACGUCAAACUUCUGGCAUUUUAACAAGCGGCUGCAGACUUUUAGAUCCACUGUUACGUUGUAAUUCUGCUGUAUGUUGUUUUAUUACAGUGAUUUUACUACUGAAAUGAAUGUUACACUGAGAGUAAAAUAUUUGCUGCUAGCCAAGCAUCGCUUUCACCAGCAGGAACGUCUCUUCAAGUCUGACACCAGUGACUUCUCCCGAGUCCAGAACAGCAAGUUUCACCUAUAUUAACUGUGAAAGAAAAGUUUGGCACUUUACUGAUUCAUUUUGGAAGGACGACCUCUGAGAUGCUGCAUCAUGUUGAACUUAGCCACACACAGAGACUGGAAUAUCACUAUUUUUGCUUUUAGUAGUGGUUUUACCUGCUGAAGAACUUUACUGUUUGCUGUGCAACACUUUACAUGAAGCUUUACUUGUGGUCUGUUAGCCUGAUGUGCUUUUAUAAAUAGUGCUGGAAUGGUU